AUGGCGUUUACACAUCAUGCCAUAUUAAUUUUGGGGUUGUUAAUUGUUGGAACAAUAAACACAUAUGCACAAAGUUUACCAGAAAUAUUUUCAUCGCUAGAAGAUUUCACAGCUAUUCCAUUAGCUCGACAAGCACGCGCCAACUCAUUCCAAUGUCCCAGUGAAGGUUUUCAUCCUGAUCAAAAAGAUUGUACAGUUUUCUAUCGAUGUGUUGAUCAAGGUGGUUCGAAAUUAACCGCUUACCGAUUUCAAUGUGGUCCUGGAACAGUUUAUGACCCAAGAAUUACCGCUUGUAAUCAUCCAAGUGAUAGCGGUCGUCCUGAAUGUGGGGGCAAUGAACGCGAAAAUGAAAUAGAUGCUUCAAAUAGUAGCUCUGAAAAUCAAUCAGGAAAUCAAUGGAGUGAAAACCCAGCAUCGUCUUCAUCUCAAUCAUCAUCUGCGACUUCAUCGUCUGCGGAAAGUAGUCAAUCGACUCAAUCUAGUUCGCAAUCAUGGCAACAAUCUUCCACACAAUCUAGUUCACAAUCAUGGCAGCAAUCGUCCACGCAAUCUAGUUCCCAAUCGACUACACAAUCUAGUUCGUCACAAUCAUCUCAGCAUUCUAACACUGAAUCAAGUUCACAAUCGUCAGUACAAACAACAACACAAAGUCAACAAACCCCACAACAAUCUGCAAAUCAACAAAGUGGAAGUGAAUGUAGCCAAGAGGGUUUCGUAGGUGAUAAAAAUGAUUGCAAGAAAUUUUAUAGAUGUGUAGAUAACGGAAGAGGUGGUUAUACGAAAUAUGAAUUUAGUUGUGGAGAUGGAACUGUUUGGGAUCAAGAAGCAUUAGCAUGUAAUCAUGCUUGGGCAGUAAAUAAUCCUAAUUGUAAAUCACAACAAAGUUCACAAGGAGAUCAGUCAUCUCAAGGAUCAAACAACAGUCAAGAUAACCAAUCAUCUCAAGGUUGGAACAAUAACCAACAAACCUCUCAAGGAAGCCAAGGAUCAAAUAAUCAACAAAACUCUCAAAGCAAUCAAUCUCAAGGAUCAAACAGCAAUCAAAGCAAUCAAUCUUCUCAAGGAUCCAAUAGUAACCAAAGCAAUCAAUCAACACAAGGCUCAAACAGCAAUCAAUCAUCUCAAGGAUCCAACAGCAAUCAAAAUAAUCAAUCGUCUCAAGGAUCAAGUAACAAUCAAGACAACCAAUCUUCUCAAGGUUGGAACAAUAACCAACAAACUUCUCAAGGAAGUCAAGGAUCAGGUAAUCAACAAAACUCUCAAAGCAAUCAAUCUCAAGGAUCCAACAACAAUCAAAGCAAUCAAUCUACACAAGGAUCCAACAGCAAUCAAAGCAGCCAAUCAUCCCAGGGAUCAAACAGCAACCAAAGCAAUCAAUCAUCUCAAGGAUCAAACAACAAUCAAGGGCAACAAUCAUCUCAAGGAUCCAACAACAAUCAAGGCACGCAAUCAUCUCAAGGUUCAAAUAACAAUCAAGGAAGUCAAAGCUCUCAAGGGUCAAACAAUCAACAAAAUUCGCAAGGAAAUCAAUCGUCACAAGGAUCAGGGAAUAAUCAACAAGGAAAUCAAUCGUCACAAGGAUCAGGGAAUAAUCAACAAGGAAAUCAAAAUCAGCAAGGUAGUAAUCAGGUAUAUCUUCCACCACAGGAAGGAAACAAUCAACAAUCCACUCAAGAUUCUGGAAACAACUCACAACAGCCUGCAGCUCAAUAUGGUUCAACAUGUGAACAAGAGGGCUUCUUAGGAGAUGAUAAAGACUGUAGAAAAUUUUAUAGAUGUGUGGAUAAUGGACGUAACGGGUACACGAAAUAUGAAUUUAAAUGUGCUGAAGGAACGGUAUGGGAUGGCGAUAAUUUAGCUUGUAAUUAUCCAUAUGCAACGAAACGACCAAAUUGUCAAUCACAAAGCAAUCAACCAGGGCAAGGUAGUCAAAGUGGUGAGCAAGGUGAAUCAAACCAAAGUAAUCAGCAAGGACAAUCAAAUCAAAGUGAACAACAAAAUCAAUCAAAUCAAAGUGGUCAACAAAAUCAGUCAAAUCAAAAUGGACAACAAGGACAAUCAAAUCAAAGUGGACAACAAAAUCAAUCAAAUCAAAAUGGUCAACAAAAUCAGUCAAAUCAAAGUGGUCAACAAGGGCAAUCUAAUCAAAGUGGACAACAAAAUCCAUCAAAUCAAAAUGGACAACAAAAUCAGUCAAAUCAAAAUGGUCAACAAGGCCAGCAAGGGCAAGCAAAUCAAAAUGGUCAACAAGGACAAUCUAAUCAAAAUGGACAACAAGGUCAAUCAAACCAAAGUGGUCAACAAAAUCAGUCAAAUCAAAAUGGUCAGGAAGGACAAUCAAAUGGGGCUGCUCAAUUAGGACAACCUAGUCAAGGAGACCAACAAGGCCAAUCGAACCAAAGUGGACAACAAACCGGUGAUAAAUUAGGUCCUCAAAACCAACAAAGUGGACAAGGACAAAAACCUGAAAAUGAAAAUAAACAACCGAAUGCACCUGGUACUGAAUGUCAAAGUGAAGGAUUUAUGGGUGAUCCAAAUAACUGUAAAAAGUUUUAUCGAUGUGUAGAUAACGGUCGCGGUGGAUUUACAAAAUACGAAUUUUCUUGUGGGGAAGGAACUGUUUGGGAUUCUAGCAUAGAUGCUUGCAACCAUGACUGGGCAGUCGAAAAGGGAAGUUGUAAAUCAUCUCCAAAUAACCAAUCAUCUGUCGAUUCUGGAACCAGUACACCUAAUAGCAAUGAUCAACAAAAUGGGCAAAACAAUGGACAACAAACUACACAAUCCAGUGGUAAUCAAAACACGAAUCAACAAACUACACCAGCAAGUGCAAGUGAAACUACAAGCUCACAACAGCAAAGUACACAAUCCAGUGCCUCUUCUAGUACGACUCCAUCAUCCAGUGAAGAAACUAGUUCUGUUACUGAACCAAAUCAACAAACAUUAACUACACAGAAACCUGAUCAAAGUAGCCAAUCACAACAGCCACCUCCAGAUCAAAAUAAACCUGCGGUAGGGAACAAAUGUACUCAAGAAGGUUUUCUCGGAGAUCCCGAAAACUGCAAGAAAUUUUACAGAUGUGUAGAUAAUGGAAAGGGAGGAUUUACACAAUAUGAAUUUAGCUGUGGUGAAGGUACUGUAUGGGACACAGAUGCAUUAGCCUGUAAUCAUGGUUGGGCUGUGAAUAGACCAGAAUGUGGACAACAAGGACAGGAUAAUAGUCAAUCAUCAAACAAACCAUCUACUCAACAACCAGGAGAAUCUCAAAAGCCAGAUCAAGGAAAUGAAAAACUUGAAAGCAGUACUACUACUACUACACAAAAACCACAGUCACAAGGUAAUGAACCAACUUCACAAAGCCCACCCAAUACUACUGAUCAAAAUGGAAAUGAAAACAAACCAACUACUCCGACUGAAAAACCAAACGAAAAUAAUCAACAAAAUCAAAGUGAAAGUCCAAACCAAAGUGGGCAACAAUCAAAUGAAAAUAACCAACCUAACUGCAAUCAAAAUCAAUCAAAUCAAGGAUCAACAACUGCAAGUCCGUGCAGUAAUCAAGGAAAUCAAGGAGAACAACAAAAAGAACCCCAAAAGGAACCACAAAAAGAACCGCAACUAGGCCAAACUUGCAAAGAAGAAGGUUUUCUAGGUGAUGAUAAAGAUUGUAAAAAGUUUUACAGAUGCGUAGACAAUGGAAAAGGUGGUUUUACUAAAUACGAAUUUAAAUGUGGAGAUGGCACAGUCUGGGAUCCUGAAAUAAGCGGAUGUAAUCAUGCAUGGGCAGUAAAUAGAGAAGGUUGUGGUGGAUCUUCCCAAGAAUCACCACCUACGUCAAAACCAAGUCAAAAUCAACCAUCAGAACAGCAAACGAGCUCGACUACAACCAGUCAAAAACCAGCAGAAGAAAUAACUACAACUACUCAAUCUUCUGAAACAACAUCAAAAUUCAGCAGUGAGAAACCUACAGAAAGCACUACUUCACAACCAAUUGAAAGUACGACAAAAUCUGACUCAGAAGAAAACGCUUCAAUAAGCGAAAAAGAACCAUCUUCUAGUGAAAAUAUUUCAACAACAUCAACUUCCACUGAAAAACCUUCAACUGCAUCUAGUGAAAAACCUACCUCUACUACCUCUACUACCUCUAAACCUGCAGGAUCACAGCCAGGUUCUUCAGAUGGUAAAUGUGAAAAUGAAGGAUUCUAUCCAAAUCCAAAAGAUUGCCAAAAAUUCUAUCGAUGUGUUGAUAAUGGAAGAGGAGGUUUCACUAAAUAUGACUUUGACUGCCCUGACGGAACAUUAUGGGAUUCAGAUAUAACUAGCUGUAAUCAUAAAUAUGCUGUUAAUCGUCCAGAAUGUAGCGAUAUUAAUGAUGCUGACGAUUCUAAAAAGCCCAGCUCAACUUCUCCUUCAAAAGAACCGCAAACAUCAAGCAGUAAGCCAGAAUCAGAACCAACACCGUCAACAACGUCUGAAUCAGCAACCAGCACACCAACAAGCACUACAAGUAGUGCACAGACAAGCACAACAAGUAGUGCACAGACAAGCACAGCAAGUAGUUCAACAGAAUCACAAACUACCGAGCGGUCUGAGCCUCCAAGUACAACCCAACAAACAUCUUCUCAAGAACCCAGCACAGAAAGUGGUUCAACAACCUCUAGAACCACCACAAGUAAGCCAAGUACAGAUCAAUCAUCAACGGAUUCUACCAGCACUCAACAACCUUCUUCGCAAGAAACAUCAACUUCCACAGAAAAAUCAAAUCAAACAACAACAGCUCCAUGUUCUAAUAAGGAUAGCCCACAGUCAUCCCAACAAAAGCCUAAUUUAACUUGUACAGAAGCUGGAUUCUACCCUUAUCCUGGAAAUUGUAAAAAAUUCUAUCGAUGUGUCGACUGGGAUGACGGUAAAGGUGAAAGAUUUUCAGUAUACGAAUUUGAUUGUCCUGAGGGAACAAUAUGGGAUCCCGCAUUAGAUACAUGUAAUCAUGAAAAUAGUGUAUACCCACCUCGUGAUUGCUCUGGUAGUGAUUCAUCAUCACCAAAGCCAUCCGAACCUGAGACGACUACCGAAGAUAAAAGAGAACCGCUAACUGAAAGCACAACCACUUCAAUGGAAGAGACAACUGUAUCAGAGAAACUUACAGAAUCUACAACAGCCGGAAGUUCCACAACUGAUGAAGGAAAAACUACAACUCAAUCACAAAGCACAACCCAGGAAAGCACGACUCAGUCGCAAACAACACCACAGGAUAGUACAACACAGUCACAAACUACGACACAAGAAAGUACUACUCAGUCACAGACAACGCCGCAAGAUAGUACAACACAAUCAUCAACAUCCACGCAAGAAAGUACAACACAAUCUCAAACCACAACACAAGAAAGCACAACUCAAUCACAAACCACACCACAAGAUAGUACAACACAAUCACAAACCACCACCCAAGAAUCCACAACUCAAUCACAAACAACACCACAGGAUAGUACAACACAAUCAUCAACAUCCACACAAGAAAGUACGACACAAUCGCAAACUACAACAGACGAAAGUUCAACUCCGUCACAAACAACAACACAAGAAAGUUCAACUCAAUCACAAACAACACCUCAAGAUAGUACAACACAAUCACCAACAACUACACAAGAAAGUUCCACACAAUCACAAACUACAGACGAAAGUUCUACACAAAGUCAAACUACAACCACUGAAAGUUCAGACACUACAACUCAGGAAUCAAGCAGCCCGGCAUCACAAACAACAACAUCUCAGCCAUCCGAAGGAACAACUGCAAGUUGUCCGAUAUCCCAAUUAGAUUCUGAUCAAGUAGCCUUAGUAUGUCCAACUGGAUUCCGUCGACAUCCAAAAUAUUGUAACUUAUUCUAUCAAUGUACAACAAGUGAAACAAAUUACGAUAUGAAAAUAUUAGUUUUAUCUUGUCCAAAUGAUACGAUUUAUGACGAUAAAAAGAUACAAUGCGUACAGCCUGAUGAAACUGAUCAAAAAUGCGACGGAGAAAUGGCCACAAAUACAUUCUACCGUCGAUUAGAUGACAACUCUUUACCACCGGUAAAUGUACGUUCUAGUAGAUCGUUGUGUCCAACAGAAGGUCACUUUGCAUUUGCAAAUGAUGGAAAAUCUGAUUGUACAACUAGAUUCGUCAAGUGUGGUAGAAACGUGCAUGCUAAUGGUUCAAUGAGAGGCUAUGUAUAUCAAUGUCCAUCUGGGUACGCUUAUUGGCCAGUAUCAAGACGAUGUGAACGAACUACAAGAUUACCAAAAUGUUCCAGUAUGGAAGAAGAGCAAUGGUCUAAACGGUGGGAUGUUCCAGUUGAGAAUUUUAACAUUUCGUUUUAAAAGACAAUUAAUGUUUUGAGGAAUAAUUUUAAUGAUUAUUUUUUAAGCUCAAUUUAAAAUUAAGUUUACCACUGAAAUUGUGUUCUCAGUAUGCCGAGUACUUGUUAUUUAAGUAUCCGAAGUCACUUUAGCAAACGAUAGUAUGCGCGAUAAAGGGUUU